GAGACCCGUUGAACCGGCGCCAGCCUAGCAACGGCCCAGGAGCGCGAAGGGCGGGGGUAACCGCUCUUCUCCCGCCUGAACCGCCUUCCCCCUCGGCUGGGAGGGAGGCGCUUCCGUACGGGAAGCCGGCGCUGCGAGGCGCCCCCCGGGCCUGGGAGACCGGCGCGGAUGGAGCGGCUGCGGGUGCAGGAGGGGGGCGCGGCGGCGGUGGACGAGUACGUGGAGUACCGGAGAUUUGUAGGCGAUGACGAUAGAGGGAAACUCUUUACUCCAGAGCAAUAUGAAGAAUACAAAAGAAAAAUGUUACCAAUACGAUUACAGAACAGAUUGUAUGUGAGCUGGAGAUCCCCAACUGGAAUGGACUGUAAACUUGUGGGCCCGGAGACACACUGUUUUUGUACCCAUAGGUAUAAACAACACAAAACAGAUUAUGAAGAGAUUCCAAAAGAUCGUCCUAUUUGUGUACCCUGUCGAGUGAACCGUUGCCAGUGCAAAUCCUAUCACUAUGUCCCACUAAAUGGCACUCAGCCCAUUCGUUGUAGAUGCAAGCACUUUGCUGAUCAGCACAGUGCAGCACCUGGAUUUUCCUGUAACUCCUGUUCCAAAUGUUCAGGAUUUCACAGCUGCUUUACCUGUGGGUGUGGUCAGCCAACAUAUGCGCAUGAAACGGUUGUGGAAACUAAACAAGAGCGCUUAGCCCAGGGAAAACCUGUGGGGCAAGAUGUUCCUUAUGCUGCAAUGGGAGGAUUAACUGGCUUUAGUUCACUGGCUGAAGGCUAUUUGAGACUUGAUGACAGCGGAAUAGGGGCACCCUCUGCUGAAUUUCUAGAGUCACCUAGUAGUGGCAUGGACCAUCCAUUUCUAAAAGCAUUCCAAGACCCCUCCAGUUCUGCACAAGCCAGCUCACAAUUAACAGGUGGUUCUAGUGCAGCAAAGCAAGUUUCUAAUUUAAGGAGUUCUGAAGAAGAUGACAUGGCUUACUUUGAAAAACAGUACCAGGAACGGCAUUCCAACUCAUGGGAUGAUGCCUUCUGCAUGUGCUUCUCCAUGGGUGGAUGGGGCAAUCAACAAAGCUUUUGUCCUACAAUGGCCUACAACUUUGAUAGCCCACCUGGAUGAACUGGGGGAGCCACUCUCCCCAUCUGAAAAAGGAGAAGGCUGCUAAACAGAAAGUUAAAGGUCCGCUGCUAUCAAAGAAUCCAUGAAGAUUAAUGAAACAAAGGAGUUUUUGUAAUACAGAAUUGUUUAUCAUUAUAUUUAAGGGUAUUUUCAUGGUGUUUAUUGCACACACAUAUUUUCUAGUUUCUCAAUAUUAACACUGCUGUAUUAAAGUAUUGAUGAAAUUAAUUUAAAAAUACUUGGUGAUUCUGGUUCUUUCAAAUAAAAUUGUUACUUUCUAUUAAAGUAGCUUGACAUACUAUCUAAGCUCUCAAAUAUUGCUGCAUGGAUCUCGCCUUUGUAGUAGAAGAUGUGUCAUGUGUAGUAGAAAAUGAUGGUUUUUAGAGACUUCUAAAAUUUUUCAUUUAGGCUUUGAUCCAGCAAACACAUGCUUAAGUGCUUUGCUGAAUCAGAGCCUUAGGACAGCAGGUAAAAUAUACAUUAUACACCACAUCAUAUCUUCAGACUUCCAUUACAUACUUGCUUCUUUACAUGUGGACUUAGAAUUCUUCUUGUUCCUAACUUUCUACUCAUUGGGGUUGUAGUAUUAACAUUGGAGUUUUAAUAUUUUCCUAAAAGACACAGACAGACUGCUCCCUUCACUGGCUUCACAUCUUCCACAUCAAAUGCAAAUUGAUUUUCCUCACUCUCAAGCUUCUGCAAGCUCUGUCCCUGCCAACAUAUAUUCUUCUCUCACCUCAGGUUCUGCAUUCAGCUAAUUCUGCUUCCCUUCAUGCCUGUUUUGUAUCCUUCUAAUACACUCACCUCUGUGUUUUUUCCCGACCUUUCUCUACACCACUAUUAUCCUCCUUGAGCCUUUAUGUCCUACAGCCUCCCCAAAAUGACCACUAUGCUCCUGCCAAACUAAUCAAAUAUAAAUUAAGAAAGAAGGGACAAAAUAUGUACUGCAUGAAAACCAGCUACUAUUUAAUCUUGUUUUGUGGAAAACCUCCCCCCUGGCUAAAUGGGUUUUCCUGUAUCAGACCUUACCCAGUUUAGAUUGUGAGCUCCUUGAGGCAGGAGAUGUGUAUUUAUUUUCUCUGUACAAUGCCAUGCAGAGCUAUGACAUAUAUAUAUGUGUAUUAAGUAUGUCAAUCUGUUUAGCUAAAACACUUAUUAAAUUCAUU